UGUGCCUUAAGUACUGUGCUUAAAACAAGAAUAUAUUCGAUUUACCCCAAACUUGGAGCUAUGUUGUGUCAAAAAACACUUAAUCGAUAUAUAGAUCCAGUAGGGAUGACAAACCAGUCAACAAUUUCCUGUGGAAUUCUUUGGACAUCCAACAGACAUUUGACUGAAGACAAUUGGGUACCAAAUCACUUUGUGCCACUUAUACCAGUCACUGGCCCAAGUUUUGAGAUGGUGGACGAUGAUAUAACAAAUGAUGAAUCUCCCAUUGACUCUAUUUUGAAGUUACCAAGUGGCCAUGGAUUCAGUAUUUCAAACAUAAGUCUGGGCAAUUUUGGAUAUUGCAUGAGACAGACUAUAUCAUCAAACAAGAAGAAAUGCAAGGAAGGUUGUCUGCCCCAGACAUCUCAAUGGAUGGUCGAACAUUAUGUUUCUCUUUUGUCGAUUUCAAAGAUGGUCCUAAAGCUAUGAAAGACGAACAGGAUUAAUGACAAUUAGCUGCCUUCAUUUUAAUUGAAUUAAAUAACAUCUAUAGUUUAAUUUUGUUUUUCAUUAAUUUGUCUGAAGAUUAACACAGAAAUAAUUCCAAUCAUGUAAAAAUGCUGCAUUUUGAUUAGUUAAUCCCUGAAAACUGAAAAGUUUACACAUCGAUAAAUCC